AUGGUGGUCACUCUGAUUCGCGACGACAUGCAUUUGUACCUGGGUGCUGUGGCCAUGGCUGCUGCCGCGUGUCAGCAGCAGUGGGACUUGAUCUGCAUAUGUGCUGGAGCAAUGUGUCUCGCAUCGUCGGCCUUCUGGGUGCUCCAGAGACCAACAGCCUCCCUGACGAAGCAUCGCGUGGACGCAAGUAUGGCCCGAUAUUUUGCCUCUGUGCUCGUGUGGUGCUCCAUCGCAGCCAUCGCAUACUGCAUUGGGCUGUGUGGGGGUUUUCUCCAAGAUUGGGACAUUCGGCACAACGAGCGUGUGGUGUUUGCUGCCUCGAUCGCGCUGGGGGUCGGCGUCCAGGACACGUUGGCCAACUUCGCCGCAGGGCUGCUGCUGGUGCUGUUCCGGCCUUUCCGCGUCGGUGACGACAUCACUGUUUGUGAUUUGUGCUUCACCGUCGAAUCCGUCACAGCGUUCUUCACAAAUGGCAGCACUUUCUCGAAUCAGCACGUGCUGAUUCCAAACAGCAAGGCGAUUCAGAACAUUAUAACAAACUGGACAUCCAACCCUUCCAUCGUGUUGGAACUCUCUGUUCAUGUACGCUUCGGCCGCCAGCCAUGCAGCAAGGUCCGGAAAGCAAUGACAGCGGCGGCCAAGGACUUCGACGCCAAAUUGUUGGAGGUGGUUGAGACGUACCCCAUAGAGAAUCCCAAGGCUGUUCUGGCGAAGUUGCCGUCGUGCGAGACUAACGGUGUGUAUGGGCCUAUGGACAUCAGCUCGAAGGGCACACAGUGGAUGCUGAAACCACACGUACCUGAGAAGGCGAUGCUCCGUUGUACUGAUCUCGGGUACGAGUGCAUACAUGAUGCUCUAAUGAGUGCAGGCAUUGAGGUGUUCGAGGAAUGUUUCUCGGGGAAGCACCAGCCGUCGGCGCCAAUAAGGGAGCUGUACGACAUCGACGACGGCGAAGGCCCGCUCGCCACGGGCGGCUACGCCACGGUGUUCCGCGCGAGGAGCCGCGCCACCAUGGAGUGGCGGGCCAUCAAGCAGCUGCCGCUCUCCUCGGCCUCGAGGGCCUCGCAGAAGCAGCGCGAGCAGCUGAAGAGCGAGUUCCAGUGCCUGGUGAGGCUCGACCACCCGAGCAUCGUCCGCUUCUACGAGUGCUUCCAGGAGCAGCUGGCCGAGAAGCUGCGGCAGCUGCCCGCGGGCCUGCCCUGGGAGCGCGCCGUGGGCCCGCAGUGGCGGGCCCUGCUCGACCGCUUCGACGACGUCCUGGCGGCGCGGAGCGGCACGGUGGCGGAUCCGGAGAUCCAGUCCAUGUUCUGCUCCGGCGACCGCCUGGGCGAUCUGCUGGAGGAUGCGGACAUGCGCGUCGUGCUGGGUGCCGUGCGCUGCCUGUCGGUCUGCAUUCCGGGUCGCCAGCUGCAGGGCUUCCGCAGCGUCGCGGCGGAGCGGCGGCUCGAAGUUCUUGCCGGCGGCAUCAGCUGGCCAGCAAGUCUCCGCGACAUUUGCGUCGAUGGUUGUCCGCCCAGGGACUUCUUGUACGAGGUUCCCUGCGCGUCGGAGUCCACCCCAGGGCUCGCGGUGAUCUCGCUGCCGGCCUCGAGCGCUUCCGCGGGGCCCCAGGAGCUCGUGCAGGAGCUCGUGGCGGCGGGCCGGGUGCCCCCAGCGCACCUGGACUCCCUGCGCCUGCAGCUCCGCUUCUGGUGCCACGCGCGCAGCCUCGAGGGGUGGCGCGAGGCGGUGGCCAUCUCCCUCUACGCCCUCUGCGACACGGUGCGCCACCACGGCACCGAGGUGCUGCACCGGCACCUGCGCGCGAGGCCGGGGCUCUUCGCGGAGCUCGUGGGCCUGGUGCAGUGCUUGCCCGGCAUCGGCCAGGAGGCCGCCGUGGCCGUCCUGAGGACUUCGGGCAUGAUCUUGGACUCGAGGUUCGGGAGGACGCGCAUGGAGUCCCGGCAGUUUGCGCAGCUGCUCGGCGUCUCGGUUCCCCACGGCAUCCUGUCCUGCGCCGUGCGCGGCCUGCUCGUGGAGGAGCCGCCCUCCGCGCGGGCCGAGGACCAUCAUAGGGUACUUUUGGCGGCCAUGGACUUGUACCAGUCCACCACGGCCACGGCCGCGCAGCCGCAGCUGGGGCACGCCAGCAUGGUCAUGGCCAUGCUCGAGCAGCUGCAGAAGAAGGACGUACAGUCGCUUCCAGUCGUCGUCGCCGCGCUGCGGUGCCUGGAGCUCACAGUGGAGGUCUCCCGCUCCACGGCGCUCCUGAUCUUCCGGGACCUUCAGGCCCUCACCGCCUUCUCGACCCGCCUCGGCUACGAGGUGGACAGGCUGCUGUCCGUGGGCGGCGAGGAGGACGUCUGCGAGCGGGCGCCCCCCGGCGGGGAGGCCCUGGUGGCCGAGAGGGCCGAGUACUGGCGCCUCCUGGGGGAGGUGACCUCGCGCCGCAAGGUCUGCCAGCAGCUGCUGAAGAACAUCCAGGCCGCCCUCCACAGCCCAGACGUUGUGCAGGCUGAGCUCUCGAAGAUAUUGCAAGGCGCCCUGAUGGAGAUCUUGAAGAAGGCGCUGGAGCAGCCGAGGAAGAUCGGGCUCAGCGUCUUCGGCAGCGUGUUCGAGAUAGUGUCGAGCCUCAUCAACGACGACCCGUCGAGAGUGCCACAGCUCAUCGAGAACGGCGUGCUGCCCGGCAUCAUCGGUGCCCUGAACAAGGAGACGAUGCUGCACGUGGAAUGGCUCUCGGGUGUUCCGAGCGUGCUCUGCGCUAUCUCGCUUCACGCGGCUGGGGAGGAGCUCAUCCUCAGCGCCCCGACCAGGCCCUUCCGCCUGCUGACGGACGUCCUGCUCGAGCCGGCCUUCGCCGCGACCCUGCACUCCCAGCCAGAGCUCUCCCAGCUGGUGAGCUCGCAGGUGGACAAGGCCGUUCGCAACCGGCCAGCCGCGGGGUCGAGCAGGCUCGCCGAGCACGUGGCCGAGUGCAUCGUCGGCGCUCUCGGGAGCGCCCUGGAGGAGGCGCGGGGGUACCCCCCGUGGACCGCGCCGGACGCCGACCACACCCAGUUCCUCGUGGACCGGCUCGUCGCCUUCUCGAGGUUCUGCUGGACGAGCAUCGGCACGAACGAGCAGGUGGCCACCGCGUUCCUGGAGGCGGGCGGGCUGCUGCUCGUGCGGCGGCUCCACGAGCUGCCCUGCCUGCCGUACCACGUGUGCUCCCUGGAGGGGCAGCAGCACCCCAUGAGCAGCCUCUUCAGCCCCCGGGGGACCAGGACAGGAAACGCCAUGGCCCUCGGCGUGCUCCGCGACAUGCUCCGGGCGCACCUCGGCCCCGCCCGGGGCUUCCUCGCGCGGCUGCGCGGCCCCCGGGGCCCCUGGGAGGCCCUGGCGGGCCUGGACCCCCCGGAGGUGUGGGCGUCCCUGAGGUCGCUCAGCAGCCUGUGCAUGGCGCUGGAGGGUCUCGCCGCGCUCUGCCGCGAGGCGCCCUCGGUGCAGCACCUGGAGGGCAUCGGGGACCACGUGCGGCUAUUGAUGGACGUCGCCCCCGCCAUCCUGGCGCUGGAGGCGUGGCGGCCGCGCGGCCAGGACAGCCCGCCGAAGCGCUCCACCGAGACCUACACUGAGCUCGCGAGGAUCGCGUUCAGCGACCAGCCGGUGCCGAAGAGUCCGGCGGACGCGGCGGGCGCGGCCGGGCCUGCCGCGAACGCCGACGGCGGCGCCCUCGCUGCCUCAAGUGCGGGCGUCGGGCGCCCCGCCGGGACUGAGGCCGAAGCUGCGGCCGCGGAGGCGAGCCCAGAGGCCGCGACGCUGCAGCGCGUCGCGAAGCAGUGCGUGCGGCUGUCGGCGCUCUCGCUGCGGCACCUCCUCAUCGCCGCCUCGAAGCAGCUGCACGCGAAGACCGAGAGGCAGCUGAAAGCCUGCCCUGGCAGCGUCGGGCUGAGCCGCGCGCUCGCGGAGGUGAGCAAGGCGGUCGUCGCGCACGACAGGCCCGCGGACCCGGUGGCCGCCAUGCGGUGGGCGAGCAGCGCCUUCGACCUGCUGCUCAAGAUGCAGGAGGAGCCGAGCAGGGUGUGCGUGCGGCCGCUGCAGCUGUGCACGUUCUACCAGGCUGGCGGCUUCGCGCCUCUGGCGGGGAUGCUGAAGGCAAUCUCCGACGACCUCGGUCAGGACGGCUCUGCGUGUGCGCUGUGCAGCGGGUUCACCUACCUGGAGAAGGUGACCUCGCACAAGCGCUUCCUGAACGCCCCGCAGGUGGCGCUGCUGAGGGCGGACGACGGCCUGAUCUCCAAGGACGCGCUCUGCCGCUCCGUGCAGGGCGAGGCCCUCAGGAUCACGCUGCCCGUGUGGCGGGAAGGCGAUCUGUCCAAGUUCCCCGACAACAUCGCCCAGUCCCUGGUGAAGAUCUGGGUCCACGCCCUGGACGGCCCGCGAAGCAUCCCCGCCCGGCCGUCCUGGACGCCCUGGGCGGGCCCCGGGCCGGCCACGGCCGCCGAGGGCGCGGGCGCCGCCGGCCCGGCCGCGGAGCCGCCCCCGCGAGAGCCGCCGCCGCCCGCGCUCCCGGCCGGCGCGCCGCCAGGCGGCAGCGGCGCCCUCCGGCAGCCCGCGGGCACCGACGGCCCCCCGCCGCCCCCCCGACGGGCGCCCCCGGGUCACACCAGGCCUCCGCCGCCCCCGUCGGCGCCCUCGGGGGCCGGCGCGGCGGGCGCCGCCCCGGCGGAGCGGUCGCAGCAGCAGGGCAUCGCGGACGGCGCGGUGGAGAUGGGCUUCGGGCGCGCGCGGGUGGAGCACGCCCUGGAGCACUUCGGCGCGGAGGCCCUGCCAGACGUGCCGUCGCUCAUCAUGUGGAUGGUGUCCAACCCCGAUGAUCAGGAGCCCGCCCGGCCACGGCCCGCCCCGGGGGCUGCCGAGGCCCCGGUCGCCCAGCCCGGUGCGGCUGCCGCCGAGUGGCCUGGCGGGCAGCAGGGGGGCGCCCUGCUCGAGGC